CUAUUCUAGUCCGCAAUGUCGCUCCGAAAGGUUGUUUAUACAUUCAUAUGCUUGUCAGCAGCCCUUUUUGUGAUGAUCUUGGGAGAGGAGGAGUAUAAAAAGGUGUUGAUAUACACAACAUCCAACCGGGCACUUAGCGAACUGAGGGAAAUGGAAAAUUUCUACAUGGAACACUUAAGCCGCUACGUAAAAUCUCUACAGGUAAAGGUGGACACUCUACAAAAAUACAUAAACUCUGUGAGACUUGAGAAUAUGGAGAGUGAGGUUAGCCGCGUUCAAUACGUGGCAAAUCCACUGAACUCGCUGGGCCUGCUGCGACGUGCACACGAAGACUGGCCCAAGUGGUUGAACUACAUCAAAGAGCAGCAAGAUGUACAGCAAAUGGGUGAACUUGUGGCACUCAUGCCCCAUGCCGUGGACAUGAAUGAAGCCCUGAUGGGCAUGGAGCGUAUAGAGCGAUUCUAUGACUUGCGGGCAUACGAUAUGGUCAAUGGACAAGUCGCUGGACGACAUUUCGACACCCGCAUGAACGCACCAGAGUGCCUCAUGCUAGCGGACUUUAUGUACAAUCGUUCGGAGUACACACGAGCUGCUGAGUGGUACAGACUGACAUGGUAUAACAUUAAGCUGCCAUUAAAUCCUGUUGCACGAGAGUUCUAUCGCCCCAAUCCAGAGGAAGUUCGUAAAAGGUUUCUCAUUAGCAGACUGCAAGAGGGGUCCAUCGAUCACAUAAAUAAUUAUCUUGAGGAGCUGGAGCAGCAUCCGGCUGUACCUUUGGUAUAUCUAAAGCCAAAACCUGCAGCGAGUGUCAUUGAACGUGGCUGCCGUGGCGAAUUUCCACCUCCUCCAAAGUUGGUUUGUCGCUACAAUCACACCGCAACUCCAUUCCUGCACCUGGCUCCACUCAAGGAGGAGGAGAUCAGCCAGGAUCCACUCAUCUGGCUAUAUCACGAUGUCAUCUAUGAUAGCGAGAUUGCAGCGCUGACAGCAAAUCUCACCUACAAGGACAUGAGUCAGGGCUACACGGAUAACUACACGACGGUGGAGAAGGAGCGUCUGUUCCAUGUCAAGGUAUUUGAAGGCAGUGGCGAGAAGUUGGACAGAGAUUUGGUUAAUCGCAUGGCGGACAUUUCGGGUCUGAAUGCCGGGGAUCACACACAUUUGGCCCGAACGAACUAUGGGCUGGGCAGCCAUUUUCCGGAGCAUGCAGAUUACUCAGACAUCAAAGCCAAUCCGGAACUGGUGGAGGAAGGCGAUCGUUUGGUUACCUUUCUGUUUUAUAUGACUGAUGUGCCGCUGGGUGGUGCCACCAUAUUUCCCAAAAUAAAUCUCACCAUUCAACCGAAGAAAGGUUCCGCCUUGUUCUGGUACAACAUACACAACGAUUGGGAGCCACAUUUGCUGACACGGCAUGGCGUGUGUCCCAUGAUUGAUGGGAACAGAUGGAUUUUAACCAAAAGUCUUAUGGCCUAUGAUCAGAUGUUUGUCAAACUCUGCUUGAAGUAAAACCUACGCUAAUCUCUCCUCGCUCUACUUUGGGUAUAAAAUGGCAUUUUAUUAUUAAAAAUAACUUACAAUUUA